GAGGGGCGGGCCGGCACCGCCUCUGAAGAGGGCGCGGUCUGGAGCUGCCUAGUGGUACUGCGAGCAAGAUGGCGCCGGCGGUGCGGGGGCUGAAGAGUUUGGUGUGGCAGAAGCUGAAAUCUGCAAUAUUUGAUGACUGUAGGAAAGAGGAUGAAUGGAAGGUAAUUCUUUUGGAUGAUUACACUACUAAAUUACUGUCAAUGUGCUGCAAAAUGUCUGAUCUACUAGCAGAGGGUAUCACAGUGGUGGAGAACGUGUAUAAAAACCGAGAACCUGUUCCACACAUGAAAGCAAUAUAUUUCAUAACUCCAACCAAAAAGUCUGUAGAUGGUCUUAUUGAUGACUUCAUCAGUAAAUCAUCCAGCAGAUACAAAGCAGCGUACGUCUAUUUCACUGACACUUGUCCUGACAACCUCUUCAAUAAAAUUAAGUCUUCCUGUGCCAGAUCAAUAAGGAGAUGCAAGGAAAUCAGUGUUUCCUUCUUCCCAUAUGAAUCUCAGGUAUUUACCCUCAACGUCCCGGAUGCAUUCUAUUGCUGUUACAGUCCAACUCUUGAAAAUACGAAGGAUAAAGAUGCUGUGAUGGAAGCAAUGGCUGAACAAAUUGUUACCUUGUGUGCCACUCUAGAAGAGAAUCCAGGCGUGCGAUCUAAAAGCACACCUUCAGAUAAUGCCAGCAGACUUGCACAGCUUGUUGAAAAGAAGCUUGAGAACUACUACAAAACUGAUGAGCAAAGCCAAAUAAAGGCUAAAACCCACUCACAAUUAAUAGUAAUUGAUCGAGGCUUUGACCCAGUAUCAACUGUCCUUCACGAACUCACGUUCCAGGCUAUGGCGUAUGAUCUACUGCCAAUUGAAAAUGAUACUUACAAAUACAAAGCAGAUGGGAAGGAAAAGGAAGCAAUCCUGGAAGAAGAUGAUGAGCUCUGGGUGAAGAUGCGGCACAAGCACAUUGCAGACGUAAUAGAGGAAAUAUCUCAACUGUUGAAAGAAGUUUCAUCGAAGAAGAAAGCAGCAGAAGGAAAAUUAACGUUAUCCAGUCUGGCCCACUUAAUGAAGAAGAUGCCACAGUAUCGUAAAGAGAUCACUAGGCAAGUUGUCCAUCUUAACAUAGCAGAAGACUGCAUGAGCAAGUUCAAAGCUAACAUAGAAAGGCUUUGUAAAACUGAACAGGAUUUGGCUCUUGGAACUGAUGCAGAAGGUCAAAAAGUGAAAGACUCCAUGAGAGUCCUCCUUCCGGUUCUGCUCAACAAAAGUCACGACAGCUAUGACAAAAUUAGAGCCAUUCUCCUGUAUAUCUUCAGCACAAAUGGAACUACCCAGGAGAACUUGGACAAGCUGAUCCAGAAUGUACAAAUAGAAAGUGACAGUGAUAUGAUAAGAAACUGGGAAUACCUUCAUGUCCCUAUUAUCUCUUCAUCAGCUGUUCAGCAACAAAAGCAACCAAGGAGGGACCGCUCUGCAGAAGAAACUUUUCAGCUCUCUAGGUGGACACCUCUUAUAAAAGAUGUUAUGGAGGAUGCUAUAGAAAACAAACUGGAUUCAAAAGAGUGGCCUUAUUGUUCCCAGUGUCCUCCUACCUGGAAUGGCUCAGGAGUAGUAAGUGCUCGCCAGAAGCCUAAAGCUAGCUAUCCAGAUGAGCGAAGGAGUAAAGCCAGACUGAUUUUAUUUGUGAUUGGAGGAAUUACGUACUCGGAGAUGCGCUGCGCUUAUGAAGUUUCUCAAGCCUUCAAGUCUUGUGAAGUUAUCAUUGGUUCUACACAUGUUUUGACUCCUAGAAGACUACUGGAUGAAGUCAAGAGCCUUAAUAAACCAAAGGAUACAGUCUGCAUUAAGGAUGAGUAGGACUGGGCGUGAUGCUUUAGGCAUCAAACAGUGUAGAACAUGUACAUAUUCUCACACUGCUGGCUCUUCCAGUGUAGUGGGACACAGUAUGUUUCUGACUAAUUGAAUGUCACUUUAAAUUAUGAAGUUGCUGCUUUUUUUGGGGGGGAAGUAGAAGGCAGAAGGGGAAAAAAUAAUCAGGGUGUGCUUUUUGAGAAGGUUACAUUCAUUCCUAAUAAAUUAUAUGAAAGUUAUUCAGAUUAUAUAUGAACUGUAAUUGUUUUUGAAAACUGUGAAGCAUUUUUCUAAGAGUUGGUUGAAUUAAAAAGGCUCCAGGCACUUAAAGGCGAUGUCUCUGAUGUUGUCUCUGUGAAAUAACUCAUUGGAAACAUUAACUGCAUGUCAUUGUUAAAAUACUUUUUUUUUUUUUUUUUUUUU